AUGAAUAUUAAUAGUUGGAAUCAUACAAGCAGCCCGGCGUCUGCUGCUGCUCAGUCAACCGUCGCUAGUUUAUCACCCGGACGAAGAAAUCAUGCUAUUCAACCUCCGGCGUUGAUGACAUCUUUAAAUGGCCCUCAAUACCAUCAGAGUCAUAGUGCUGGUGCCAGUCUCGGAUUCAUGUCUUCUCCAGCGACUUCUCUUUCGAGCCCGUUCUCGCAGCCUCCUCACUCUGCUUACCUACCAUCGCCGGGUGCUGCCCAGAGAGGGAACUCUCCAAUGACUAUGAGGAUGUCAUCGUCGUCAUACAGUGCGCCCUAUAAUCCGCAGGAAUGGGCACCUAUGAAUGGAGAUGGGUCGCCUCAGAUUGCUCAGGUCACGCAUUCUCAGCGCAGUCAUGCAAUUCGCAUUGUGCAACCAUCGCAUUUGCAGCAUAGCUUAGAAUCCGUGCCAUCACCACCACCGCCAUACACUCCACGGACUCAGGCACCAUCGCCCUCUGGCCCAACAUCUAUACCAGUUCAACCGUCACAACAUGGACUGUCAAACGAUACUCCUAGUGGGAAUGCAAGUUGGCAAUCCACAUAUAGUGUGCCUCCUCCACCUCCUCCAGCGGGAAACUCCAGGUCAUCCUCCCGGGCAGAUGCAGAUCGCUAUCAAUCUGGUAUGGAUCCUGGAUACGGCAGUUCGACGCCUGAACCGGUGGUUUCCCAUUACCUUAGCGCCACGCAGCAGCAGGCAACGUACAGCGAAGUGAGCAAUAUGCGCCAUUUUGACAUGCCGUUACAUGCACCGUCAUCCAAGAGAGCUGCUUCUACUGGUGCUUUGAAUACGGCAACUUCGUCGGGGCUGUUGAAUCCAACGUAUGAACGUCCAUCGCCAAGGAAUAGCUGGGAGCCUGGGAUGCCGCUUCCUCCGCCGCCUCCUGGGCCUCCGCCAGCUGCAAGGUCUCGAAGUGCGAGCACUACUACAUCUGAAGCUUCCUCGAGACGUGCAUUGCAGAUUCCGCGCUCACGAGGCCCCCCGAUCCUAGGCACUUCUCUUGGUCAAGUCCCACCAACACCCGCAGACUGGGUAGAUGAGACCGUUGUACAGAGGCGCGAGAACGACGGAGCACAGAGAUUACGUUUAAACACGGAGGUAUCAUACAAUGCACCAGCAACGCUAGCGUCCCGAGAACGAGAACCAGAACCAGAACAAGAAUCUGCAGAGCCGUCGUCCUCUAAACGAGCAUCUAGUCGUGGGGGAUUAUUUCGCAGUCUUGCAGUGAAGAGAGAUUCCAGCGCCAAAGGCAUACGCGAACGUCGAAUCGAAAAUCGACACAGACGCCAGCAAGUUUCAGAGGAUCUCUCUGCUGUAUCCAACAACAGUAAUCCAUGGGCGAAUGCAUUGACACCGACAAAUCUUGUCCUCAACGGUACAGAUAAUUCUGCUGGUGACAAAACCCCAAGCGGGCGCCAAAAAACAUUCCCAAAUCCACUCUCAAGUGCACGAAGCGUAAAGUCGGAGGAGAUACCAUCCAGCAGUCGUUCUCGGACAUCUUCUGGACUAUUCUCAGAUCAGUCCUCGUACGGAACACCAAAGCCAGAAUCGAUAUUCUCACAAGCAGAAGUCACGCCUACACCACCUUUCUCGCCGGAUAAUGAAUCGCCGUUAGCCAAGGACAAGCAGCAUAUGCUCAACUCCAAGCCUCUGUCGACAACUUCACCAACCUCAGCUAGCGAGUCGAAGCCGUCUCUGCGUCCUGGGACAAGACUCGAGGAACGACCAGUGUCCCACUUGCUGCAUAUUCCGAAUGACAUCGUCUCGGUACUGCCGCCACUGUCUCCACGACGUAUGUCUACAACUCAGACGCCAUCACUUGAUUCGGUCCUUCACAAAGACAAUGAUUUCUUGGAAGGCGGUCUACAAAGGUACCGAGCAGCCCUUGAGAAAGAAGCUGCCGCCGCUAGUGAAUCAGAGGCCUUGAAACUAUUCAUGGAGUUUUUGAUUACCGAGUCACAGCAUCGACGGCGACUGUAUGCAAGUUCUUUUACAGAUGCCGAAACCGACGUUGACAACACACGUAAGAAGCUCUUCACACAACAAGAGCCCCCGCAAGCACGUCAAGGGAAGCCGACUGGUAUCAAGCUGGAUACGUCGUUUACCCAGCCCAACAAGCCCCCGGGUAAUAUGACUACAAGGCCCGAGUCCAUGUGGUGGAACAACUACAAGCCCUGCUUAUCCCCCAUCGCCAGUAUAAGUAUCGACGCUGACGAGAUGAGUUCCAGAGGUCGGCCGCCUAGUCGUUGGUGGGAGUCCAAGACUGGCUCAAGCAGUGAAGGCGGAGAGCGGAUAUCACAAAGAUCCAAACGCGAGUCCAAAUACAUGGGAGUACCUCGCGAACUUCGAGAAGAAAUGCAACGGGGUUACGGUGGGCCUCUUUCUGUAACAGAAGAAGAACAGUACAGCGACCAGCAAAACUUCUCGCAGGGAGGCUAUGGCCCGGAUGAAUACCCGCCUGAAAAGGUUGGGCUGCACGAACCGGAUGUGAAUACGGCUCAGUAUCAUCAAUAUCAACUUGAGAUUCCGCAACCAAGUCAAUAUCGGGAGCCUCGUGGGCCGAAGAAAAUGGAUAUUUCACGCCUAGUUACUCUUCCACCGCCUUAUCCGAGACACCAUCCUGCAGUUAACAAUAGUCAUCCUGAUCUUGUCGUCUAUCGGACCACCGUUCGUUCAAUCAGUGAUUUGUCUGAAAUCAGGGCGACCAGGGAGCAAUAUAAACAGCAAAUGGCACAAUUAAAGCAGGAGCACGAGACUAAGAUCCGAGAAAAUCGGAAAUUCUUCACGGCCAACAUCCAGCAACAGAUCCAGGAAGGUAGCAUCAAGUAUGCUGAGGCAGCGGAAGCAGAAGCAGCACUUGAAGCUGAAGUGCAAAAGAAGCAACGAGAUAUAGCGCAGAGCGAAUAUGAUACGUACCAGAAGAAAGUGAUGGAGCCAUUGCAUCUUAUUCUGAGUGAUCGGGUAAGCAAGGCUACGGAGCGAAUCAAUGAGCUCAGGGGGAAACUCAAAGAGGACAUCCAGCACGAAAACCCGGACCGUACUCAGGAAGAAGGAGACGAGAAGCCAGAAAUCUUGGAGCAGCUUACUCAAUUGAAGUGGCUCUUCGAGGCUCGCGAGCAGCUCUAUCGUGAAAUUUAUGAUCUUCUGGGGGAGAGCAACGAGAAAUAUCGAGCAAUCGUCACUUUGCCAUACAAACAAAGUAGAAACGAAGAAAAACUUCGUGAAGCUGAUGCAUUUUUCGUCAAGGAUUCUUACGAUCGCCGCGUUCAGUAUGAGUCAGAAGCCCUUGCUAGAAUGGAACGGUUCAUGGAUGUCGUCGAGGAGAAUGUCAAGCGAGGCGUUGAAACACAUCUCUCCGCCUUUUGGGAUAUUGCGCCUUCGCUGCUCACGUUGGUGCAGCAAGUGCCUGAGGAUAUGUCAAACUUUCAGAUCGAGAUUCCUGCGCAAGAAUACGAGGAGAAUCCCAGUUACUACCAGUUCCCUCUGCAGUAUCUCUACUCUCUGCUCUCGCACGCCGAAAAGUCGACUUAUCAGUUCAUCGAAUCCCAGACGAACCUUCUUUGUCUCCUACACGAAGUCAGGUCUGGUGUCAUGAUGACAAACUGCAGAUUAAUGGCAGCACAGCGAGCCCGUCACGGCGAGCCCGAGGAUUUGGUGGGAAGGGAGAUGCAAGAUAUGCAGGCCCGCGAGGAGCGAGAGUUGACUGCAGACCUCAAAGAGAAGGUCUCCACUGUCGAGGGACAGUGGACAGAGGCUCUGGGGAGCCAGAUACAGAGUCUACGAACGAGAGUGAAAAGCCAUCUUCUUGCCGAGGAUGGUUGGGACGAGACCUCGGAGCAAUUGGAGUAG